AAAGCCGUUGGAGUGACGUGUCAACGACACAAAUUAAAAAUCACGAAGAAGAAAAACACUUCCGCGUAGUCACAGUUUUCUCCAUCUCUGUGAGAGUGUAGGCUGUAGUCCCAAAAUGCCCAAAUUAAAAGACAAAAAACGAGAGAAAGUCAGUGUCGCCACUGAGAUUGACCGUCUGGAGGAGCGGAAGGCACGGUGCCAAGACAACCUGGAGAGGGCAGAGUUCAAAAGCAGGAAAGAGAUGCUCUCUGAAAAGGAGAGGCAGGAACUAGAAGAUGAAAUGGCAAUUAUGAACGAGAGGGUGCAACUAUUAGACAAGGAGCUGGAGACAUUACGAGGAGAGAAUCGGAAGAACAUGCUGCUGUCAGUCGCUCUGCUGCUCGUCAGUGCUCUCUUUUAUUACGCCUUCUUCUAUGAAGAAGGUUCAUGAAACAAGCUAUCCAGAUAAUCAAAAGGAACAUGAAAGAACAAACUCAGAACAAUGAUGUUAUGAGAGGGAAUAUGAAGCCAAAGGGGGUGUCCAUACACAGGGAUAAAAUUCUACUGCCUCUAGGUGGCAGCAUUGUCUUUUUUUUCUUCUCUUGUUGUCAUGUUGGGGUCAUCGUGCACAAUCAUAACCCCACCUCAGCUUUUUGGGCUGCUAAGUUUGUUUUUCAGGCAUGCUUUACUGAUCUAACUCUUGAAGUUGAAUGUGUAAUUUUCUUCUUAUACUCCUUCAUUAUUUAGCUUCUGAAGCAUUUUGCAAAUGUCAAUGCAAGCAUGACACCGUGCGUAUCGCUCGUCAAAAACACCUGAACAGGAUGCAAGAAAAAAAAGCUUAUUUUGGACAACUUGUUGUGAAACUUAAAUAUGAAGUGCCAGUUUUCAGUCAUAUUCUGUCUGCUGUACAAAGGAAAUACAUCAUAUUUAAAAAGUGCUUAAUGAAAUGGUGCCAAUAAAGUCAGUUUAAGCCUUUUCAGUUAUAAAUAUGAAGAAUUGUAUGCAUGUUUCAUAUUCAAUAUGUGGAGUUAUAUUGAUGAAAACAUUAAAUUGAGUUGUUUAAGAAACAUUUGGGAGCUGUACAGUAUGUUUCGUCAUUGAAGCAAACAGGGGACCCUAAGAAUGUAUUGUUGUUUUGAUACUCAUGUCUGCUAAUAAAAACUGACAGAUGCCAAAUAUGUUCAAUAAUGUCAUUGUUUGAAAACUUGCAAAUAAACAGGAAGUUAUCACUGCA